AUGAUCCAGGCUGGCAAGCCAGUCGACAGCCCUGGCAUCCAGUCCCGGGAGUAUCUGGGCAGUGUCGAUCCAAAGCAUAGCAGGAAGAUCACAGCCGCUGCCAAUCGUGUGCCUGCUCAGCAGUGUCAAAAGUACGUUGUUGCUCUUAUCGCGGAACUGGAGAAACAGCAACUCUUGCCCUGUGGGCAUGCUGCGAGGUUAAACCGUGAAGUCCAGAUGUCUGCCACUGCUCGUGACUACGCACAGCAGCAUCCAGUGCCACCACCGCAGAUUGUUUCUCCGAAUUCAAGUGCUCAGCCAAUCUCGUCGGUUGGAUAUGGAUGGCUCGAUGAUGAAGAGAGCGGAGACAUGCAAUACGUGCAAUUGAAUGGCCGACAAAGCCAAAAACAGCUCUAA